UGGUGUGAGAGGAUAGUCGGUGCCCCACGGCUGAAGCCGUCAGCCCGCCGUUUGUUAAUAAGGGGAGCCUCAUCUCUCCGAGCCCCUGGGAAGGCUGGGAGCACGCGCGCGCACACACUGAUACACCGACGGCCACAUUUGAUCCGGAGAAACUGGGCGCCUGCCCCUUUUCGAGUCUUCGAAGGCUGAGAGACUGGAACCAGAUGGGAAAGAGGAGGCCUGGAUAGGCCCGAAGCGACCCGCGGAGGCUUCCUCCUGCGUGGGUGGGGUGCGAGUCCUCCCCCUCCCGCGUGGGGUGCGACUCCCCCAACCCCGUCUGCAACAUUCUGGGUUUCCGUUUGCCGUGGAAGAGCCGGGGGCUUUUGUGACAGCAAGAAACAAGGUAACAUGAGAGAUUUGACUGGGCCCUGCGCUGAAGAGCUUACUGGUAGAAUUAAUCCCUAAAGAGACUGAAGUGGGUUUCAGGAUGGCGAAAGAGGAGCCCCCGAGUACUUCAAAGGACUUGCAGGAGCUGCAGAAGAAGCUGUCUUUGCUGAUAGAGUCUGUCCAGAAUAACCCAAAGGUGGUUGCCUUCCUGAAGUCUCCGGUGGGUCAGUACCUGGACAGGCAUCCUUUCCUGACGCUCACCUUGCUGGUGUUUGUUGCUGUGUCGGCUGUUCCUGUUGGCUUCUUCCUGCUCCUCGUGGUGCUCACCUCCCUGGCUGCUUUUGUGGGAGUCAUAUUGCUGGAAGGACUGGUCAUCUCUGUGGGCGGCCUUUCACUGCUUUGUGUCCUCUGUGGCUUGGGCUUUGUGUCGCUUGCCUUGUCGGGGAUAAUCAUAGUGUCUUAUGUGGUGGUCUCCAGCCUCAUCAGCUACUGGUUUUCUCCCAGGCUGUUGACACAACACAACUCCAGUGGCAACUGUCAGCUGGCCAUGAAGUCUGCAGACUUGGAGGGGCUCUUCCGGGAAUAACCAGCUGAACAGAAACAAAGCCUUUUUCCAAGCACCUCUGGAAAGCUGUUGGAUCACUCUCACCCCUUGGGAUCAUGGCUCAGGAGGGACUGGGUGGUCAAGCACUUCCCGGAAGUGUCCUCUAGCUCUUUCACUGAUUUGUAGGGUCUUGCAGUGGUUAGUUUUGGGGAUCUUGUUGCUCUUGUGUGAGUCCCAUCAGCUGACCCACCCUCACAUGGAGAAUCAGUGGAGAACUAUGAUGGCUCAGCGGCUCCCGCCUCUCGCCUCCUCCUCCCCAAAGAUGCAGACCUGACCGGGGCAGGGUCCUGAGCCUCCAGAGGCCUGCAGCUUGACCCAGAGACUCAGAUCUUGUAUCUGAGGGCUCAGUUUGGGACAACUAUGGAUUGUUUUUCCUUUUCCUCCCUCCUUUCCUUCCUUCUUUCCUUCCUUCCUUCCUUCCUUCCUUCCUUCCUUCCUUCCUUCCUUCCUUCCUUACUUCCCUUCCUUUCCUCCCUUUCCUUUCUUUCUUCUUAUUUCUUCACUCAUUUGAAACAAGAUGUGGGGAAAAACAAUCCAAAACAGAACAAGCUUUUCUGCCUUACUAGCUUUUUAUCAGAAAGACCAACAGCACUUGGGAAUAAUGGCCUUUCAGACAAAGUUGGAAAAUAGAGUCCAAACUUAACUUUAUGGCCAAGAGCAUUUUUUCCCUAAAUUUAAAAGUAUGGUUUCCACUGUUGAGCACUGUUAAGUACUGCUCUUACCCUUUAAAAUAUUUGCACUUGAUAUUUCUGUAUAUAGUUUUAAGGAACUUAUCUUGUUAAGCCAUUUCUUCAAAAGUCCUAUGAAAAUGCUAAAGGACUACACAGAUUUUUAAAGUCCUGUGGGGUUUCUACUUUAGUGGUUUAUUUGCUGUGGUAUUUUAUUAAAUAUUUAUUUGGAUGA